CAGUGUAAAAUUUCCUUGCCCCCAUUUACGAAAAAAAUGUAGAAAAGGAGGGAUGCCACUUUCAGACGGUCCACAAAGAGCCCACGGAGGACGAUCUUCUUAUUCAUCAGUCGAGCCGCCAGGGGUUGGUAAGAUAAUCUAUAAAAACGAAAAAGCAUCUGAGUUGGGAUUUGGGGUUCUUUGUCUUGGAAUUUUCGAGAAUUGAAUCUGUAUCUGCAAAUUCAUCGCUGUUGAAUUACUCGAGUUUUUGAUCGGCUAAGCGAGUAAGAGGCAGACGAAAAUGGGAGUAGCUGCGAAAAUCGCACCGUCAAUGCUAUCCUCAGAUUUUGCCAAUUUAGCUUCGGAGGCCGAAAGAAUGCUUAAAUUUGGAGCGGAUUGGCUUCACAUGGAUAUUAUGGAUGGGCACUUUGUCCCGAAUCUGACAAUUGGUGCUCCAGUCAUCGAGAGUUUAAGAAAACAUACAAAGGCAUAUCUUGAUUGCCACCUUAUGGUUACAAAUCCACUUGAUUACGUUGAACCCUUCGCAAAAGCUGGUGCUUCAGGCUUUACAUUUCAUGUUGAAGUAUCCAAAGACAAUUGGCAGCAAUUAAUCCAAGAAAUCAAGUCAAAGGGCAUGAAGUCCGGGGUUGCUCUAAAACCCGGAACACCCAUUGAAGAAGUUUAUCCUUUGGUAGAAAGUGAAAAUCCUGUGGAAAUGGUCCUUGUUAUGACAGUCGAACCUGGUUUUGGUGGCCAAAAGUUCAUGCCUGAAACGAUGGAUAAGGUACGGAAGUUAAGACAGAAGUACCCGUCUCUUGACAUCGAGGUGGAUGGCGGGUUGGGACCUUCGACCAUAGAUGCAGCAGCGUCAGCUGGGGCAAACUGCAUCGUUGCAGGAAGUUCGGUGUUUGGAGCUCCCGAGCCUUCCGAAGUUAUAUCCAUUCUGAGGAAAAGUGUUGAGGAGGCUCAACAGAACUCUUGAUCCUUUAACAAGCUUCAAGAAUCCGUCAUCAAAUCUUGUUUUACUCUUUUUGCAAUUCAUACACCAUCAAAUCUCUUGCUAUUGUUUCUUAACAUGGAGUCAAAGGCUGCAUAUGGCUCGACGUGGCGGCUGGGUUACAGCAUUUGCCCCAUGUUAUGAAACCAGUUUUACAUUCACUGGAACAUCAUCGCUUGCUAUUGUUCCUUAACGAUGAUUUCGAUGGAGGAUGUAAUAACUCAAGUUGCAGAUAUUGUA